AUUCAUAUUACUUACUAAUAAAACAUGAAUUUCGUAUUCAUAUUAAUCCUGGUAAGUGUCCAAUAUUACGGAUUAUCCAGCAACAAACCGAAAAUAGUGUGCUAUUGGCUCGACCACUAUAUGGAAGCCGGUGGUGACGACAGGCACACCCCCGAAAACAUCGACCCAACCCUAUGCACGCACCUACACGUGUUGGACGACAUGAACACCGUGUUGAGGACCGGUAGCGGUAAACUCGCGCCCGAUGUCUACCAACGACUCAGUAAUCUCAAGCGUAAGAACCCGGAGCUUAAGAUUAUAGCCUCGUUUGGCGAUAACCCUGGCGUUGCCUUUUCGCAAAUGGUCAGUGAGCCGGGUAGUCGACGGGAGUUCACUACCAAAACGAUUGAAUACUUACAUAAAUACAAAUGGGAUGGACUGGACCUGGACUGGGAGUUCCCCGUGUGUUGGGGCGGCGACUGUAGUAAAGGUCCCAAAGCCGAUAAACCAAACUUCGCUAAUUUGCUCAAGGAAUUGCGGGUGGCUUUCGACAAAGAAAACCCAAAGCUUAGCCUAUCGGUAGCCAUGCCAUCAGCCUAUCCGGGAGGACCUGCCGACCAGGGUUACGACAUGUCAGUCAUGGCAUCUGCCCUGGACUACAUGUCCGUAAUGACAUACGACUUGGCGGGACCUGAGGAUGGCAAGACUGGUCACCACUCGAGAUACCAGAGCUGUAUCAGAGGUACGCAAUACUACGUGACCAAAGGUAUGCCCAAAGACAAGGUGCUGAUGGGAGUGCCCUUCUAUGGGCGUACAUUCAAACUGCGGGAUAGGGAUCAACACGGAAUGGGAGCACCAAUUUCCGGUGCUGGACAGACACCUCAUGGCGAGGGGAAUGUAGCUUUUUAUCGAGAAAUGUGUGAUUUGGUUAAGAAUAAGGGGUGGGCUAAGGAGGACACGAAUAAUGGAUACGACCCCAUCGCAUACCACGACCUAUUAUGGGUCGGUUAUGAUGAUCCCUACGCCGCCUAUGAUAAAAGCAAAUGGGUCGUAGACAAUGGGUAUGGUGGUAUCAUCGUAUGGCAAAUUAUCCAGGACGAUUUUGGUGCCAAAUGCUGUCAUGUUAGCUACCCUAUGCUCCGGGCUAUUAACCACGGCUUAUACGGCUCGGGGGAUGGUCCCGAUAAAUAUGGGUGCGAGCACAAAUAAUUACGAAAUUAAAAUUUUAUUUUACAAUAAAAUUUAAUUAAAUCUGUUUAUAAGAAA